UUUCCUCUUCGCCAUGAAACUUUGAUUUUUAUUUUCUAGGGUUUAUUUUCCCGGAAAAUUAGGGCUUCCCUAUAUCUUCUCAAUCUCUUGUUUUGUCUCCGUGAUUCAUGCUUAAUUUAGCUUCUCCUGUUUCAAGAAUUUUACGAAUUAGGGUUUCCGUACACAUCACUGUUCAACUUUUAGGGGUUUUUGAUUUUGAUCUCAAAGCUCUGAUCUUUCGACUUGGAAUUACAAAUUAGGGUUUUGGGUGAUAUGGAUUGCGACCGAUUCAAGCUAUUCGUCGGAGGCAUACCGAGAGAGACUAGUGAAGAGUCUCUGAAGCAGCAUUUCAGUAGGUAUGGAGCUGUGCUGGGAGCUCUUGUUGCUAAGGAGAGAGCCACUGGUCAACCCAGAGGGUUUGGCUUUGUUCGCUUUGCUAAUGCUUUUGAUGUCGAUAAAGCUCUCGCUGAUUCUCAUUUCAUCCUCGGUCGUGCCGUUGAUGUGAAAAAGGCGAUACCAAAACAUGAACAUAUGAGAAAUCAGCAACCGAACAUGCAACCAUACGUGAAGGAAGUUCAACAGAACAACGGUGGUGGUGUCCAUGAAAUGUUGAGCAAUGGUAAUAACAUCAACAACCACAGGACCAAGAAACUGUUCGUUGGGGGCUUAUCAUCUGAGACGACAGAAGCAGAGUUCAAGACUUACUUUGAGAAAUUCGGCAAGACGACCGAUGUGGUUGUGAUGCAUGACAGCGCGACAAACAGGCCAAGGGGGUUCGGGUUUGUCACGUAUGAUUCAGAGAACUCUGUUGAGAUCGUAAUGCAGAGUCAUUUCCAUGAGUUGAGUAAUAAGCGCGUGGAGGUGAAACGCGCUAUACCUAAAGAAGGAAUCCAGAGCAAUAAUGGUGGUAAUCAUCAUAACCUUACUCCUACUUACAACAGCUUCAAAGCAACACCGUAUGUGCCUGAGAGUAACGGAUAUGGGAUGGUUCUUCAGUAUCCUCCUCCUGUCUUUGGUUAUCAUCAAGGUCUCCCAGGCUUUCACUAUCCUUAUGGUUACCCGGUCACAGCUCAAGGGCCUAACGUUCAGUGGAAUAACCAGAUUAUGCCACCCGCCAACGGAUUUUACUGCCAUCCUCCUCCUGUUCCCACCAACACUGCUUGUUAUCUCCCUUACAUGAACGGGUUUGAUCCUGCGGGUAUGAGCGUUACUGUGUUCAAUGCUAUGCCAUGGCCUGUAGCUGGUGAUGGAGUUGGUGUGAUAAUACCUCGGUUAGAAGAUUUGAAGCUCCCUAGUCAAGCCCAUGAGAGAAUGAAUGGAAGUAUCAUGGUGAAGCCAUUGCCCAAUGGUACAUAUAGGUGACAGUUGCAUAAUAACAAUGCGAUUAGGAUCUCACAAGGCUAGUGAAAUUCUUUUAAACUCUUCUAAUGGUUUUAGGUCUCUCAUCUUUAUUUAUCAACAACGUACAUGUGUUGGUUGGCUUUGGUUUUCCUUGUAUAUUAUUUAGCUAUUUUAUUUAACCCCCAACAUCUGUAAUAUAUCACAUCAUCUGUAAUAUGUCACUUAUUUCGUUCAA